AUGUCUCCCGCGGCGAUGCCGAGCUCCGGCAACCAGGGCAGCGGCGCACCGCUUUUGGUCUUCGUCCCGAGCGCCGGCAUGGGCCACCUCCUCCCUUUCACCCGCUUCAUCACCGCCGUCGCCACCAUGGGCGUGGACAUCUCCGUCGUGACCGCCCUCCCGACGGUCUCGCAAGCCGAGGCCGAGCACUUCGCCGGCCUCUUCGCCGCCUUCCCCGCCAUCCGGCGCAUCGACUUCAACCUCCUGCCGUUCGACGCCGCCGCCUUUGCGGACACCGAGCCCUUCUUCCUGCGGUGGGAGUCCCUGCGCCGCUCGGCCCAUCUCCUCGGCCCGCUCAUCGCUGCCGCCGCGCCGGGCGCGUCGGCCGUCAUCACGGACGUCACCCUGGCUUCCGAGGUUAUCCCCGUAGCUAAGAACGAGCUGAAGCUUCCAUGCCACGUCCUCUUCACGUCCGGCGCAACCGUGCUGGCAUUCCUCGCCUACUUCCCCGUCUACCUUGACGGCGCGAACGCAGACCACCUCGUCGGCGACGUCGACGUUCCCGGCGUUCGACGCCUCCCGUUCGAUCACUGCCCGCGGGUGCUGCGCAACCCCGACGGCCUCUUCACCAAGCAGUUCAUCGUCAACGGCCGCGAGAUCGCCAAAGCAGACGGCAUCCUCAUCAACACGUUCGAUGCCUUGGAGCCAGAGGCACUCAUUGGCCUGCGGGGCGGCAAGGUCGUUCCCGGAUUCCCUCCGGUGUUCGCCGUCGGCCCGCUCAAGUCGACGCCAACCACCGCGAGAAGUAGCGAUAAGGCGGGCUCGCCUAUCGCCUGGCUCGGGGAGCAGCCAGCACGCUCGGUGGUCUACGUCGCCUUCGGCAACUGCAACGCCGCCGCGCAGAAACAGAUCCGCGAGAUCAGCGCCGGGCUGGAGGCGAGCGGCUGCCUGUUCCUGUGGGUGGUGAAGACGACGAUACUGGACCGGGAGGACACGGCGGAGCUGAGGGACGUGCUGGGCGACGGGUUCCUGGGGCGCGUGCAGGGGCGCGGCCUGGUGACCAAGGAGUGGGUGGACCAGGAGGCGGUCCUGAAGCACCCGGCCGUGGGGCUGUUCCUGAGCCACGCCGGGUGGGGGUCGGUGACGGAGGCGGCCGCGUACGGCGUGCCGAUGCUGGCAUGGCCGACGUUGGGCGACCACAAGAUAAUCGCGACGGUGAUACGAAGCGGCGGCUUCGGGGUGUGGAUGGAGCACUGGAGCUGGCAGGAGGAGGAUUCGGAGGAGAGAUCGGUGGUGAGCGGGGCGGAGAUAGGGGAGAAGGUGAAGGAGGUGAUGGGCGAUGAGGCGAUUGCGGCAGGCGCGGCCAGGAUGCGCGAGGAGGCGGCCAAGGCCGUUGCCCCAGGCGGCUCCAGCUACCGGAGCAUGCACGAGUUCCUCGCCAUGCUCAGCUGA